AUGACUGUGUUCUGUUGUCCGGCUAUUGUGGAAAAAGUUAAACUUGCUGACAAUGCUCUCAGUGAUUCUUUUGAGCAUAAGUGCUAUCUGCGGGGUUUCCUCGCAAUGGAGAGAGAAUUUUACAGCGAUAAAGGAAGGGACCUGAAGAAUGUGAAGGAAAAACGCUGGAACGAUGUAGAUUGCAAAACAAUGCUGGCUAAAUUUGUUUGCAAGAAGUCCAAUGGCCGAACUGCUUUCCGAUUUAGGAAUGAAAAGAGAAAUGGGAUGCCGAUGAAUCCUGCGGAAUUCGCCGCGACUGAGCCGUCCACUGUGCAACACAUGCCCUAA